CUUCCUACUCCCUCAUCUCUUCUUAUCGAGAUUCCCAUCUUCCACAUCUUUAUCAUUUCGUCGACGACAUUAUCUUGGACUAGCCUGGAGCUUGGCUUUUGGGGCCCUCCGUCAACUAAGCAGUUAUUGCGUCCCCACCCGAAGGCGUCUUCCUUGUUGGCCGUGGUGAUCCUGAUUUUUGCGUCAUACUGAGGUCCACCCCGACCGCUCUUCGAUUCAAGAUUCGACCGCAAUAAUUUACGAGGCGCUCACAAUGCCCUUCAACAUGUUCGACAAAGUCGAUACCACUCGCCGCAGGGUUCUAAACGGUCUAAAUCGGAGAUACAUUUAUGGGCGCUUGCCUUUGCUCCAUACCAUUAUAUUCCUCGUCGAAAUGGCGGUCACAAUGCGGCUAGCAGCCAAGUUCAACUCGUACUAUGCAGAGAAGCCGGUCCUAACUACAAUGGUGACCAACGCCGUAUUGGGUGGCAUUGCGGAUACGGUGGCACAAACCAUUACAGCCUUCAGAGCGCGUUCAUCACAGCGCUCGUCAAACUCGGACAGCGGUAUUAUAUCGAUUGAAAUUCAUGAUUUCGAUAAGGAGAAGCCUUCGCAAUGGGGUGAGCUAGGAUAUACAAAAAGCCAGCCACCUCCCUUUGACUUCGAGAGGUUGACCAGGUUCAUGGCAUAUGGUUUCUUUAUGGCACCAAUCCAGUUCCAGUGGUUCGGCUUCCUGUCGCGUGCUUUCCCCAUCACAAAGGUGUCGGCAACCGGACCUGCUUUGAAGAGGGUGGCAGUGGAUCAAUUGAUCUUUGCGCCAUUUGGUCUAUUUUGCUUUUUCACCUUCAUGACUCUCGCAGAAGGCGGAGGCCGACGGGCAUUAGUCAACAAAUUCCGUGACGUCUAUCUCCCGACUUUGAAGGCGAAUUUCAUUUUGUGGCCUGCAGUUCAAGUCCUGAACUUCCGCGUGGUCCCCAUCCAGUUUCAGAUUCCCUUUGUUUCCACGAUCGGUAUCGCAUGGACUGCAUACCUCUCGCUCACCAACUCUUCGGGGAAGAGUAAAGCGAUCUUUCCAAGCUGGAAUCAGUACUCUGGGUAGACAGCACGUUUCGAAUGUCAGUUUAGCAGUUUCAUUCAAGCUUUGGUGUCACAGCACACCCAAAACAUGUUCGGCGUAAUUGAGUGUUCGGUGUUGUCAAAUGUCUUUUUGUCGUACGGUCUAGGUUGCUUCUCUAUACGAGACGGCAUAUUGCAUUGGGCUCUUAGGGAAUGGUGUCAUUGUUGUCCCCUUGUUGUCCCCUUGUUGUCGUCAGGUUCUAGCUUUCGUCAUUUACGGUGGUAGUUCGGCAAUGUUAUAUGUGUUUUUCUCUUGAGCAACUCAACGACCCGCAGUCGUGGUAUCCAUUACCUCGGAUGUGUUCUCUGUAGCCAAUCAAUUAAACUACAUGUCUUCGUGUAUGGAAGCAGCCAUCAAGAGCGAAGCUCACGUCCCGAUCCGCUCCGUCAGCAUCUU